UGCCGCCUUGCGGUGGGAACCCUGUAAAAUGUUUUACAACUUUAUUCUGAAAGAGGUCCGGAAGUGUAUUUCUAAGACGUCACGUGAAUUCCUCUGGCAUCUCCGCAGCUAAAACGCUAGCUUUCAUCCCUAAAGAUUGUGGCAAACUGUACCAGGAGCCAUGGCUAACCCAACCAUUGACAUUCUAUCCAACAUUUUGGAGCAGGCAACCAAAAUAGCAGAAGAGCAUGUGGAUGCAAAGUUGAGCCAGUUAAGUGAAAUGGAUGAAGACGAGUUGGAGAGACUCAAAGAGAAGAGACUAGAGGGACUGAAGAAAGCACAGAAACAGAAGCAGGAGUGGUUGUCUAAAGGCCACGGCGAGUAUAGAGAGAUCCCCAGUGAGAAAGACUUCUUCAGUGAAGUGAAGGAGAGCAAGAAUGUUGUCUGCCAUUUCUACAGGAGUUCAACCUUCAGAUGCAAGAUCCUUGACAAGCACUUGGCCAUACUGGCAAAGAAGCACGUGGAGACAAAGUUUAUCAAGCUGAAUGCAGAAAAAGCCCCUUUUCUGACAGAGAGGCUGCGCAUCAAAGUCAUUCCCACACUGGCACUGCUCAUCGACGGAAAGUCUAAGGAUUACGUGGUUGGAUUCUCUGAUCUGGGAAACACAGACGAGUUUUCUACAGAAAUGCUGGAAUGGAGACUUGGAUGCGCUGAUGUUAUUAACUACAGUGGUAACCUGAUGGAGCCUCCAACAGCAGCGCAGAAAUCCGGAACAAAGUUCACAAAGGUUGAGAAGAGAAGCAUCAAAGGGCGAGCCUAUGAGUCUGAUUCUGACUCUGGAGACGACUGAAAACCCAAAACACAACAGCUGGGUUUCUUCUACCUCAUCUCUAGCUGUAAAGGAAAGCCCUUUCCAAGUGAUUUUCUUCUUCCUUUUUGAGUGGAUUCAUCCUGUCAGUCUUGUUCUUGAGCCGUCAUUGUUACUCGUGUGCCAACGUUAAACCUGUUCAGAGUUUUACAUCAUAGUGCAACUUUUUGUAUGGAAAGAUUUGACAACAUAGAUGUAAAAAGAACAAAACUGACAUGAAAAUAUGUGUUUUGAAGAUUAUUUUGAGUCUGUUUACACAUUCUCAAACUUUCCACCUACAGUUAUGAUUCUUUUGAAUUUCAUGAGUCUAAGAAGUCAUUUUAAAUGACUUAAAGACCCACUCCAAUUUUUUUUUUUUUAUCUAUUUUAAAGGAUUCCCAGUGGUCUUUAGACCGUGAUUAUGCCGUUUUUAGGCAAAAGAAAAACUACUUCUUUCUUAAGUGAUUAUGCAUUUCAAUAACAUCUUUUUCCAAAUUAAUCAAGCUAAAAGUGUACAGUCAAAUUAUCUAUUGCAGUUUUUCACCCCCGAUUUGCUCUGAACACAUCUGUAACCAGCAGAAAAACAUCUAAAUAUUCCUUUAAGCAUCACUGUGUCCAGAUCCAGGCCUCAAGAGCUGCUGCUCUGUCAUUGUAUUUCAUAGGUAGAGCUCAUCUGGCCAGCCUUAAAUCAUUUUUGGUUAAACGACUAUAACGCAGAAAGAACGUCUGCAACUUUUUUGUUGGUAAAAUAAAUCUUUAACUUAUUUCUACUCAAAUGACUAAGCAGCGGCAUGGCUCCAAAAUAAACAGCUUUUUUAGUAUUUAGCGUAGAUAUGGUAGAAACUACAGUGGGAUAAACAAUUUGGAUGGAUGUAAUACCACUUCUUUGUUUUCCCUAAGUUGCAAAUAAAAUUGAUGUGCCUGUC